CCCAGAGCCUCUCAAAAGCUUCUUUCCCUUAACCAUAUUUUCAACUAUAGCAAGUCUUUCGCUGUGUGUGAAAAGGCAAGACAGAGAGAUGGAAGGUUCUAUUAGUAAGACCUUAUCUUCUUGUUUUCCUGUAGUGGCUCUUCUCACUCUCCUACACUUCACCUCCCACGUGAAAAUGUGCUCAGCAGCAAGAGCCAUUCCCAACCCCAACACAAACACCCAAUUCAUCCGAACAUCGUGUGUCGCUACCACAUACCCACGUGUGUGCUACGAAUCGCUCUCUGCCUACGCCAGCGACAUCCAAACGAGCCCCAAGCAAUUGGCCCACACAGCUCUGUCCGUGACCCUAACUGAGGCCCAGUCAACCUCUGCCAUGAUGUCAAAACUAUCGGCCGGGUACGGUUUAAGGCCUAGAGAGGUAGGCGCCAUGACGGACUGCAUAGAGAUGAUGGGAGACUCCAUGGACGAGCUUAGGCAAUCACUGGGGGAGAUGGACCGCCUUAGUGGGCCCCACUUCCAUUUUCAAAUGAGCAACAUACAAACGUGGGUGAGCGCCGCAAUGACGGACGAGGAUGCGUGCAUGGACGGAUUCGAUGGCAAUGCGAUGAACGGAAAGGUUAAGAACAUCGUGAGGGGUCGGAUAGUGAAGAUGGUCCAGCUGACUAGCAAUGCUUUAGCCCUCAUCAACAACCUUGCCUCCACUCAAUCAAAAUCACCCUAGGAAGUUGGGAAGGCCAGAAGAUGUGUUGUAUGUAUUGUUGGGGGUGGGGAAGGGGGAAGAUUGUGUGCACACGAAUCUCCCACAAUCCAAAGAUUAUGGACGGGAAUCCCAACGCUCAUUUCAACAAUGGGGUUUCCAAAUUUCCAUUCUGAAAAUCGUGUUGGAUUACCGGCUACUGUCUUUCGAUGGUGGAAGAUAUGUGUGCACUGAUUCUCAGCGUACACUAAGUGCGUCCAAGUUGGGCAGAUUGGCAGUGGACUGUUUAUAUGUUCUAAGAAAUUAAAAUAUAGUAAAUCCUAUUUUAGACGUGGA